AUGAUCGUGGUGGGAGUGAUCAUCGGCUCCAAGAGGAUAGGCAUCAACCCAGACAAUGUGGCCACUCCCAUCGCUGCCAGCUUCGGUGACCUCAUCACCCUGGCCUGCCUCAGCCAGGGGCUCUAUGAAUGCAUAGAGUAUUAUCCCUAUGUGUCGUACCUGGUGUGUCUGAUCUUCCUCUGCCUGACCCAUCUGUGGGUGGCCGUCUCCUUCAGAAACCCAGCCAGUUGCAUUCUACUCUACACAGGCUGGGAACCAAUCAUUACUGCCAUGGUCAUCAGCAGUAUCGGAGGACUCAUCCUGAACACAACUGUAUCAGACCCGAACAUGGCGGGAAUGAUAGUCUACACGGCAGUUAUGAAUAGUGUUGGGGGGAACUUGGUUGCCAUCUAGUCCAGUCGUAUCACCACUGAUCUGCAGCAGGUGCCUGAGGACCGAAGGAGCUGCUACAACCCCUGCAGGACCUUUUAUGGCCUAGCCAAUCAUCGCUCUGCCCAGGUGCUGCUCCUGUCUAUCACCUUCUUAGCUGCAUUCCUUCUACAUGUUUUCACUCUGCUGUGUCUUGCUGACUGGAUGGUCCAUUGCCUGUGGCGGACGGGCAAGGACCCAGACAGUUACUCCAUCCCCUACCUCUAUUGGGCAUGGCCCUCCUCGCUCUGGCCUUCUUCCUGCUCUGGCUCAUAG